UAUUGAAUGCUGGUCAGCAGCAUUGUGUUGUGCUAAAAUCAGUGUCCCGAUAUUAAAAACAUUCCGACAUCAAUAUGAAUGCAAAAUUGCAGGAAAAAUAUACAACUCGAUUGAUUAUUUCAUCGAAGAAAACUCUUCACUCGUGUAAGACAAGAAUGUCAGCAGCUUAUUUUGUUAGUUUUUAUUUAGAAAAUGUGUAUUGGAUAGCAGUAUUCUGUAGAUCUAAAAUGUUUAUAUGUUAUAAGGGGCGACCACAUGAUCACGUGGAGUUCAGUCAGCCAUUUAUGAUACUCUGCAGAAGUUCUUUAUUUCCAAUAGAAGCCCAGAAGAGAGAUGGAACAAUGUAAUGGCAUUAAGGAAUGAAACAAAAACAAUUCCCAUAUUCCUGCUGAGAACCACUGCCCUACUGUGUGUGUGUUAGCGAGUGUAUGUAAAAUGUCACCUUGGUGACAGUUGUCCCUUAUCAGGUUGCAUUCCUGCUGCAUAUCCUCAUCAUCAUGGGCUCCUCUGGUAAAGCUUUGUCUACUGUUACUCUGGGUAUGUUCAGGGUGACAUUCACCAACAGAUACACUUAAUAAAUGAAGGGUUGGUGACAACUGAUUGUGUCAAAAGGGUUACAAUCGAGACAUUAGAUGAAGAUUAAAGAAACUGAGAGGGAGGGGAACUCUUGGAUGCAGUGUGCAUAACUGGAGAGGAGAUUAUCUGAUGUCAGGGAAGGAGGUGACUAACAAAGACAUUUCAAAUAGUGAUGUAAAGACUGGAGAGCUUCAAUAAAGGAGGAGGCAAGCAAGUGGAGCGGAGAUGAUGCUCCAUUCUUACCCUCCUCCCAUGGGGGCCGGUUGGGAUGUCAACAAGGUCCAGCACCAGCUGACGCUCCAGCCCAGCAGUACAUUAGCAUCUCUUCCCAUUACCACUCCACACCCAGCCAUCCAGCUUUGAGGCUUUGGGGCCAUGGGGAUUGCCUUUUUAGGAGACACCUGAUCACAGCUGAAACUCCCCGCUGCCCAACACAAAGAAGCUGUGGCUGAUAACGCAAUGCUUUCGUCUGUGUGCGUGAGUGUGCGUGUGCGUGCGUGCACCCGCCCCUGGAAAGGAGAGUGCGUGUUUGUGUGUGAGACAACUGAUGAGAAACUAGACGAGAGCUCUGAGGGUGGGAAGGUGGCAGAGCUUGUUAUGUAGUGGAGACAGAGGUCUAUAAUAGCUCCACGUCAAGCGGAAAUCUUUUUGGGAGAGUUGGUGAGGCUGUUUGAAGUUCUUCAGGAUGUUUUGGGGCAAGAGAGUUUGUUCAGUUUGCAUUGUUCUAUGACACUGAGUCUGCUGAAGGUGGUGAAGAAAAAGUACAGCUGAAAGGAGCCAAUCUAAAUCCCAGGAGAAGAACUUUUUCAGCUGGGUGAGCGGAGCACAGUAUGGAGAAAUUCAAGGCAGGAAUGGUUCUGGGUGCCGUUGGCGAUUCCUUGGGCUACCGAAAGGGCCGUUGGGAGGGCUGCAUCUCAGGCAAGAAGAUCCAAGAGGAACUGGCCUCUCUGGGGGGACUUGGGGCCCAGAAACUGGACCCUGAUAACUGGCCCCUGAGUGAUGCAACGCUGAUGCACAUCACCACAGCAGAAGCACUGGUAACAGAUUACUGGUGUCUGGAGGAUCUGUACCGGGAGCUGGUGCGUCUCUAUGUUGAAGCCAUGGUGUCUCUCCAGGGCAGAGCCCCUGAUCCUGCCACAGUGGAGGGCUGCGUUCACCUCAAACCUCACAACUUCCUGCUCGCCUGGCAUACACCCUUCAAUGAAAAGGGGUCUGGUUUCGGGGCAGCUGCCAAGGCCAUGUGUGUGGGUAUGAGAUACUGGCAACCUGAGAGAAUAGACAGCCUGGUGGAGGUCAGCAUUGAGAUCGGCAGGAUGACCCACAACCACCCCACAGGAUUCCUAGGCGCCAUGACCACGGCACUGUUUGCGUCCUAUGCGAUCCAGGGGAAAGCUCCCGUGACUUGGGGCCGCGAGCUCAUGAAGGUCAUCCAUCUGGCUCAGGAGUACUGCAGGAAGACCAUACGACACAUGUCAGAGUAUCAGGAAAACUGGUUCUACUUUGAGGCCAAGUGGCAGUUUUACCUGGAAGAGAGAGAGAUUGAGAAGGAAGGAGAGAACAAACCUUCCUUUCCUGAUCCCUAUGAUGCUGAGGAGACUGAUAAAAUUUAUAAGCGCUGGAGCUCAGAGGGCCGUGCGGGACACAGAGGCCAUGAUGCCCCCAUGAUAGCCUACGAUGCCCUUCUGGCGGCAGGGAGUGACUGGGCUGAACUGUGUAAACGAGCCAUGUUCCAUGGAGGUGAGAGUGAAGCCACAGGCCUGAUCGCAGGGUGUUUCUUUGGCCUCAUGCACGGCCUGAGUCAGGUUCCCCCAGGACUGUACCAGGAUUUGGACAAAAGAGAGCGUCUGGAGGAGCUGGGAGAAAAGCUUUACAAAGCAGCAUCUGCAGAGAAGUGCACAGACAAACCAGAUUUUCGGAAAACCAGUAUCUGCCCUGAUGCCAGUAUGUUGAGGAAGUUGAUUAGAGACCGCAACUGCCGUCCUGUGCUCCGAGGGAUUCUGGAGAGUCUCCUGCAUUACCUAACAAAGGAUCUGCCCAAGUGGACCACCAGGAACAGAAACCCGGAGAAGCAUGCAGGGUCGGAUGUUGUAGUUGAAAGAAACACAUGUUGCACUAUAGUUCAGCAUGAAAAGACCCAGGGAAAGACUGCUGGUUCCAAUAUCCCUGAAAAUUAUUGGACAGAUCCACCAAAAGAGAGGUUUGGAGGAGAGCAAAAAGCAGGAGGAUUAAUACAACGUCGUCUUACCACGUUCCAGCUCCUCCAAUCCAAAUUCAUACGGUCCACACCCAAACCUCCCAUCACCCAUCAAAGGGAGGUAGGAACUCUGUCCUCCAGCAGAGGAUUGGCAGGAAAAGUCAACCAAGACAGUGAGCAUGACAUUCACAAGAAGGAGCGGACUAGAAGAGAUCGAGGACUGAAGACGGGGGGCAGAGUGAAAGAUAUCGUAGCCAAGUUUGCCGUGGCUGAGCAAAAAGAAGAUGGAGAGAACGUACUGAAGAAACAGCCAAUCAAACCAAUGGCGGUCGGAAGAGGGAGCCUCCUAUCUUCCUUGAUGGAGAGGUUUGAGUCCAUGGCCACUGUAUGUACGAGACGUGACUUGAAAUGUUCACAUGAAAAGCCGUCUGCAGGAGUCAAGGUGACAAGUAGUAUAAGCGAGAGGGUACCGUGUCAUGAAAGUAAGCUCCUGCAAGCGCUGGGUCAAACUGUCCACAAACGAAACCAACGCAAGCAAAUGAAAAGUAAAUCUGUUGGACGGCAGUUGAAAGGACAUCAAACUAGAAAUGGGCAGGAACAAAAACAACAGCAGGCAGAGGGCGCUUUAACAAAAGUCAACUCAAACCCGGAAGAAAAAAAGAGUUUGAAAGACGACCAAGUGAGACAAACGGGGAGCGAGCACUCAGAUGAAAGCUCUGAAGAUCACUGCUCAUUGAACCGUGUAAAAGAUCAAGCUUGUGAUAACGAUGUUAUGGGUUGGAAGUCAGAGGAAUAUGGUGACAUUCAGACUAGAGGAGAAGAAACUAGUAUCACCAACGAGUUAAAAUAUGCACAUCUAGAGCUGCUGUGUUUAACAUGCGUCACCGAGCAGUCGCUCCCCGAGCCUUACAGGCUUCUUCCACAGGUAGAAGCCCAAGUGACGUGUCAUGUGGCAGCCGUCGUGACCUGCUGUCCUGUGUGGUCCACAUGUGUAGAUUCCUCUCCUAAACUAUAUUCGGUGGAAUCAUCAGAAAGCUCACACUUGGAAAAGAUACCUAAGUUAAGGACAGAAGUUCCUCAUAGAGCCUCACAAUACAUGAGCACAGGUGAACCUUCCACUGCAGCUACUGAAGGGAGAUGCCCUUUAGAGACCAAAAUUGAGGGACUUUCUACAUAUAAAGACCACGGCCACGUGGAGAACGGAGCAGAGGAAGAUCCAACCAAAGCUGUGACCGUUCAGAGAAGGUUGCCCAAGUACGUCAUCCCGUGUGUUUGUAGAUUUGAACAAGAUGUCGAUGAUUCCUCCCCUCAAUCAGCGUCGCACACUGAAACUAAAACUCCUUUGGAUGCAACGCCACCACCACACUCUGAUACUUCUAUGACUGCUUUCAAGGCCGGAUUGGCGACAAGGGGAAUUAAUCAGUGUCCUCCUAAUAACAUGAAGGCACAAACCGUUAUAACAACAACAAAGAAACCAACAGAGGGUCAACCACGUGAACAAGACAGGAAGGUCGAGGAGGGAGGAGAGCAAGUGAAUACAAUGGACAUAAAAGACACAAGCGUGCCGCAAAGUUUUCGACUUUCUGAGGACACUGCCCGUGAGGCUGCAUUUGAAGGCAGAGAGGCGUCUGCUGUAACAUCACCAAAGAUUCAACCUGAGAGAGACAAUCCAAAACAGAGACCAAAGUACAAAACCAUCAACUACGGGGAUCCUUCAGUCAAACAAACAUAUAAACCCAAAGUCAUAAGAUUUACUGACACCUUCACUUUCUAGGUUAAUCGUAUCUUACGGUUUCAACUGUUUCCUUUCACGGAUAAUGUACGAGGAGUUUUCUCAGUUAAGAUUCCAGCUACUCUCAGUGUACCUUCAUGCAUGAGCAACGAUACACAGUUUAUACACAGUUACAGCUCUGCUAAAAAGCAGUGGGAGCAACAAGUGAAACUGGUGUUUUUCAUCCAUGAGCUAGUACAUACUAUAAAUAUUGGGCCUCAAUUGCUCAGGCAAAAACCAUUGCAAACACUUAUCUUGUGUAUACGUUUAUCACAACACUGUUGAUUCAAAGGUUAUUCUAUAUUUCAAUAGGCUUGUGUUAAAAGCCAUUCAGUGUAUUUGCAUAUAGUAGCUCCUAAAAGGACUACAGUAUAAGGAUAAGAUAAAAAAAGAUCACUUCAGUCCAAAGACUCCAAAUGACUGUUUUUUCUGUCAUCAUCUGUUCUAUUUGCAUAAAUUGGAGCAUGAACAAGUAGAGCACACUGCAUGAUAUGAUGAAGACUGGGUAUUAGAAGACGAGUUUGACUGUAAACAGCUUUGCAUUUCGAUGGUGUUAUUCGAUAUAAAUCUACGUUAAUCGAGCCAUCCAUUAUCCGGGGCCGGGCCAGGUCCAGAUGCCUCUCUCCACAGCAGCGUUUCCCAGCUCCUCCUGGGGAGGCCUUCCGAAGCCAAAUAGUUUCAUUGUCAGGGUCAAGCUGCUCAAGUUUAACUGUAUGCUGUAUUAUUUCCAACGAUAUCACAUACAAAACUCUCUUUUCUGUCUCAAUAACUAAAAACAAGCAGCACAUUAUUAUUGUUGUUUAAAUAAACAUCUCAAAACUAUAAUAGCAUUCUGUUAAUGCUGCUUAAUUCAUUCAUUAUUGUCAAAGUGGAAUAUGGUUAUGGUAGUAGUAUUUGCAACCAUCGAUUGAGCUCAAGUACAAUUUUGGAUACUAACUAGCUGCAGUGUGUAUUGAUUACUCAAUGAGGGACCGGCCGUCUGUGUGGUCAUUGUCAUGAUCUUCAAUCAAAUCAAAAGAGGACACGGGGACGAUUGCCCUGAACAGACGAAUGGCGGCACACAGCGGUGCCAAACAUGUCCGUGGUUGGAGGCUCAUCUUAUUCCCACAGAUCUAUCUCCGCCCACCAGUAGGAUUACACUACUGCUGUAACAUGAGUCUGUAUUUGGACUUACUCUGGUAUUUUCACAAGAGGAUGAUAGAUCGACACCUAGAUGAUACAUCAGCCGUCCAUCCCAAGGCCGGGAAAUCCUGAUCGGCAGCAGUGGUGAUGAAGAGUAUGGUGUUGUUAUUGAGUGUCCAUGUAGGUCAGACGCGCUGAAACCAAAUUUCAAGUAACUUCAUUUAGGUAGGUUUAAGCAUGACUUUCAACAAACAGUGAACAACAUACAGCACAGUCAUAUACACACAC